AUCACCAUAAUCUCUUAUUAAAGUGCAACAUGUUAAAUCAGUGUUUGAUCAAAGAAUCCAAUUAAUGAGUGUUCAAUGAUUUUCUAUUAAAAAUAAUAAAUAAUGAAUCGACAUAAAUUCUGGAGAGGAUUAACACCAUUAGAAGUAUGUUCCUCGCAAGCAGUACCCGAAAGAAUUGUCAAGUUGUCUUCCAUAGGCUCUGAUUUUAUUGUCCUAGGCAGUGACCAUUGUUUGUAUCACUGUGACAUUGAAGAAAACCGUCUAGAGUUUAAGAAGGUUCCUGGUAUCUCAGCCAUAGACAUAUCAUACCACAAUGAUGUUGUUUAUAUUAUUGAUGUACAUGGCCGCCUAUAUAAAACAAAUUCCAGCUUUAAAAGUAAAGAAGAAAUUGUGGUUAAAGAAGAGGCAAAAUGCUGUCCCCAUGGCUUUAAAAGUUCUAGUUUUAAAGUAAAAUUCAGAAAUGUGGUAACAAGUGAUUUUGGUCAACUUUUUAUUAGUAGUGAUGGUCAACUGUGGGGCUCAGGUACAAUGCUCCAUAUAGCUUUAGACACAACUAGUAUUAAGAAAGUGUCAUUUUUUGAAGGUAGGACUGUUUAUAGUGCAUCAGUAGGACAGAAUUUUGCUGCUGUUAUAGCUAGAAAAAAUGUUAAACGAUCAGGCACUUAUGAUACUGAAAGUGAUAAUGAUGAUGAAGAAGUAUUUGCAUCUAAUUGCUCACAAUGCCAGACAAUAAUAGGCCUAGCUUCUCCUGCAUCUGUACCGUCCCUAUCUGAAACCUGUCCACUUGGAGUCCAAAUUAGCAAAUCUAGUGAGGAUUCUAGUAGCACAACUGCACCACAAACAGACGUCCAUGUGGAUGCCCAUAGUUUUACAGAAGAUUCUAGUCCCUCAUCUGAGGAAUCCAAAAUUGCAAGAAAUAAUGCAACACAAAGAAAUUCAAAUGUAGAAACCAAUCCGAGUGAACAAGAAGUCAAAGUUUUGGAAGAUGAUGAUGAAAGAACAGAAAUUAUUACUGAUACACCUCAUGGAAGUACAGAUAAAAUUAAUAAUAUAUUUAUAAAUACGGAUGCUGCAAGACAAUUCCUAAGUAAACAAUUAUCUUGGGUGUCAGCUGGUGAAGAUUAUUUGGUGGAAUGUACAGAGAAACCCACAAGAAUAAUUAAAGAGAAUGUAUCUAAUCUUACAAAUUUUGUUUAUGAAGGUGUAAAAACUGUAGGUGACAAAGUUGCUACUUUAUCCAGACAUGUUAGUGGUAGUAGUGAAAAUAAUGAAGUUGUAGAACUUCAAUUAAAAAAUUAUAAUGAUGAAAUUAAUUCUCUGAUGUAUAACUGUACAUCUCAUUGUAAUUUUGAUGAUCUUCAAUUGUCUACAAGUACUAUUAGCAGUGAAAAGGAAUUUGAGACAGGUAGAAAAAAUGAAAAUAUUAAGAACAUGUCAAAACUUGGUAAGAAUAUUUUGGCAACUGAAUUAUGGACUUGGGGAGACAUAUCAUAUGGCCAAUUAGGUAUUGGUGAUACAGUUAAAAGACUCAAACCGAUGGUAGUUAUGAGUUUAUCAGGCUAUGGACUACAAAAAGUAUCCUGUGGUAAAUGGCAUUGCUCAGCACUUACAUUAGAUGGACGACUUUUUUCAUGGGGUUACAAUCAUUACCAUCAAGUUAGUUUUGACUCGAGAUAUGACAAAAGUGGUCCUAAACAAUUCACAGAAAAGUCAGACAGUGAUCGAGUCAGAGAUAUGAUAGCCACUGACCACCACACCUUAACAUAUACACAUAAUGAAAAUAUUUUUUAUAUGGGAAAACAUACAAAUGGAUUUACUGAGAGCUUAAUUAAGUUGAAUGAUGAAACAGCAGAUAAGGAAGUUACUGAAAAUAAUAAAACUGUGCCUGUGAAAAUUACUGAAUCCCAAAUUGUUGGAAAUAAACCCCAAAAUAUGUGCUAUCAUUGGAGAAUAUUGUCAUCUGGUAAUAUUAGUUAUUGUUCUCUGGAAGACUCUAAGUGUCUAGAAUUCCAAGAUCUUUCCAUUGCUCAAAGAUAUUUGGAGGAAAUGCUUUUGAUAUAUCAUUCUCUAAUCAAACCUUUUCUUAAGAAAAGUAAGGCUGUAAAUGUACAUUCCAUUAUAUAUGAAAAUGUUUGUGAUAUAUUUGGUGACAUUUUGAAUAUAACUGCUCUGAAUGUACUCUCCAUGUGGCAAUAUGCAGAGAAGCAUAUAAAUGAAUGUGAUAUUUCUUUAAUAAAAAAUUUAGAAGAAUAUAUUUAUUUAUACAGAAAGUAUUAUGUAGCUGUAAGCAAUUUAAUUGUUAUUGGUGGUUUCUCACAAAUAAAUAGUAUUGUUGAUGUAUCAUCAAGUAUUUAUAACUUGUUUAUUGAUCAACUUCCAUCCUACAAACAGAAAAACAACAAGAAAACUCUAGAAGCUAUUGUGGCAUUAGCAUUUGUACAACCAUUAACAAGAUUAAGUUCCUACAAAUGCAUAGCACAAUCUAUACUGAGAUACAAAAAAAAGAGAAAAAAAGGAGACUUUAAAUCAAACAUUGAGGAAAGACUAAGCAAUGUUGUAUCAUCAUUAGACUCAUUAAUAGAAGAACAAGAGAAAAAACGAAAAGAAGCAGAUGUAACAAAACUAUUUUGGGAGACAACUGGCAAAUCUCUGGACCAGUAUAGGAUUCCAGAACGACGCCUAGUUAGAGAGUCUAAAUCACGUUCACUCAAUUUAGUAAAUCCAGGACGUUUUUCAUCCCACUGGUUCAUUUUAUUCAACGAUUUAUUUGUUCAUGUUAGUGGCAGCACUCCCAAUUUACAUCCAUUAGAGACAGUGUGGAUAGAAUCGAUACCAAAUAAUGAUUCAUUAUUGAACAUGAUUCAAGUUACAACACCGGAAGAAGUUAUAUCACUUUCAACAAAUACAGAACAAGACAAAACAGAAUGGCUUCAUGCAUUAAAUACGAGUAUUCGUACAAAACUAAACAGGGACCCAAAUUUUAAAACGCCCUCAAUCAGAUCGGCAGAUUACACAUUUUCUAGUAAAAUUGCUUUUUAUAAAGAUGCAAAAUAUUCAGGAAGAUGGUUAGAUGGGAAGACACAUGGCAGUGGGAGACUUGAGUGGCCGGAUGGAAAACUCUAUGUGGGGCAGUUCCAACUAAAUGCUUUAUGUGGUCAUGGAAAAAUGGAAAUACCUACAGUAGGCAUAUACGAAGGCCAAUGGAAGGACAACCUCCAAAACGGGUACGGCGUAAUGAAAUACGUUACGGGUGAUAUAUACGAAGGGUACUUCAAAGAUGGCCAGCCACACGGUCACGGGAUUAAAAAGCAAGGAGACUUUACGUCAUCUUCUGCUACUAUCUACACUGGGGAGUGGGUAAAUGGGGCAAAACAAGGGUACGGAGUAAUGGAUGAUAUCGGCAAAGGAGAAAAAUACUUGGGCAGUUGGAGUGAUAAUAAGAAACACGGCUGUGGCCUCAUUGUGACCUUAGAUGGAAUUUACUAUGAAGGCCUUUUUGUGCAGGAUGUUCUAACGGGCCACGGCGUAAUGGUCUUCGAAGACGGUACUCACUACGAAGGCGAGUUCAGAUCAGCCGGCUUCUUCUACGGUAAAGGCGUGCUUACAUUCUCAAGUGGGGACAAGAUCGAGGGCUCGCUGUCCGGCGCCUGGACCGAGGGUGUCAAGCUGUCCAAUGCUACGAUGCAUUUGAACGUUUCUAACCCAACACCGCCUGCUAAUUCGAAACCUAAUUCCUUCGGAAAACUCAGUGUCGCGCCGCAUCAAAAAUGGAAUGCUCUAUUCCGCCAAUGUUUCCAAUGCCUCGGCGUAUCAGAUACGAUUCUCACGCCUACUGGCAAUCACUUCGCCAACGGACCAUCCGGCGCCACCAUAGACAACACAAAAAUAUGGCAUAACGUCGCAGUUGCAAUUUCCUGCUCACACAAAGAUAAGCAUGUGAAAACACCGAAGAAAUCGAAAGAUAUAGACAGACAGAAGUUAGUAGAUUCCUUGGAGGUGAUACCUCGAUUUGGACAGUCUACUCUCAGUUUAGACAGCUAUACAGAGUUGCGGCAGUAUUUACAAAAUCAGGCAUGCGAGUCUCUCCAUCAUCCAUUGGGGCGGCUGGUCCUCGGCCUCACGAAUGCCUUUAAUACAACAUAUGGAGGUGUUCGCGUCCACCCACUACUAUUAAGUCAUGCAGUUAAGGAGUUGAAGAGUAUCACCUCGAGGCUGUACCAAGUGGUUAGGUUGUUAUUCCCAGCACUGCCACCAGAGGGCACCGAUGUUGUGUUGUCGUACAGAAGAAAUUAUUCCAAUGAUGAAGACGAUGAGACUGUCGAUAGUAAUCCUAUUGAAGGUGAGGUGGUAUCAGCGGCGUCGUUACUGCAGCCGACUCUACUACCACGGGUCCACCCGGCGUUGUUCGUGUUGUACGCUCUGCACAAUAAGCGCGAGGAUGACUUGUACUGGCGCAGAUUGCUCAAGUGGAACCGACAGCCCGAUAUAACGCUUAUGGCCUUUUUGGGUAUUGAUCAAAAGUUCUGGAUAGGCUACACCGGCCAUAACAACCAAAUGUCACCGACUUAUACGCCGCUUAAGGAGCAGUUGUUUCACGAUGCUGUCGAGACGCUGCAGCAGCUGAAGACAACGUUUUCGCCAAUUGAGAAGCUACUAGUCAUCCGGAGUACUUUCGAGAAGAUGACCACGGCCGUACAACAGGAAUUAGGUGAGAACUAUCUAUGGAACAUGGACGAUCUGUUCCCCGUAUUCCAUUUCGUGGUGGUCCGCGCCAGGAUCCUGCAGCUCGGCUCCGAGAUACACUUCGUGGAGGACUUCCUGGAACCUUGCAUGCAGCACGGCGAGUUGGGACUCAUGUUCACUACAUUGAAGGCCUGCUACAUCCAAGUAUUACAAGAGAAGAUGACUAUCAAUUAAAAAAAUUGAGAAUAUAGAGUAGAAUAUACAAUGAUCUCGCAAUACGUCAAUGGUGCGUCGUAAACAAAGUUAUUUUUAAUUAGCUCGUAGCUUUCGCAAUAAUUUGCAAUGUUAAGGUCGUCGCUAAGUGUUUUUAUUUGAAAUGUGUCCUUAUCUAAUAUGUAUUGUGUAAUUGUAUGUAUUAGUAAACUUUAUAAAUGUAUAAGCAUUUUUAAUGGGUGAUAAUGGAAUGGUACUUAUUAUACUUUCCAGCCUGCACUAAUGAUAUUGGUUGGCGGGCAUCUAUGAAAGAUGUAUGAGAACGAUAUCGUAGUCAGGUCAGUUAACCCAUUGUGAUGAUGGAUUGACCAAUAAUUUCUCAGAUGAAAGGAGACUUAAAAGCGAGUACCUAUGACCCGCAAUGUUAGAAAUAUACAAUGUCUUGUCGACGAGUAUAUUGGUUUAAAUACUUAAUUACUGAUGAAUUUAUCCUUACGGGGCUAAUGUCAUUCUCCUGCCAGCGUUAUCGUUAGUGCAGGUAGGAGGCCACAUCCAUCCAUUAAAAAUAAUAGUAAGGUCAGAACACUACACAUCCUAUGUGGUUAUAGCCCACUAAUGUAUAAACGAAAUAUCUCCUUUGGAAAGUAUAAACUGUAUCCUGAGAAGAUAAAAACUAUCACUCCUAAGAAUAUCAUUUAAUUCUUGUCUCUGACGGUUAGCGUACUUUGAAAAGGGCGAACUCAAUAGAUCUAUGCGGGUUGCAGUAAUAGAGGUUAGCAUAUAACAAUAACUCAAAACCCUCAAUAAAAAAAAGGUCAGAACAAAAAGUGAAGUCUAAUAAAAAUCUAAACAAAUUCGAUUUGCACGGAAAAGAGUAUGAAUGAAGGGGUAAAGAAAUGGAGCGAUGUUUUAAAUAAUAUGGUUUAUGGGCUGAAUCAAACAAUUACACCUACGCAUGCGUUCGAUCGCGCGCUCCUGUUCCCACGUGGUAGUACGUAUAGUCGAAAAGCAAACCAAGUGUAACCUGAAAAUGGGAUUUAUUCAGCGAACACUUGUAAGUACGACACACAAUUACAAUGAACUUGUAAUAUUAUAAACAAUAGACAAUUAAUUCUACAGAUAAUAUAUACUAAUUUUGUUAUUAAACUUAUUAUUUUAGUUUGGUUUAAAAUAAGUAUCAUGCGUUAAAAAUUGUACUAUUCCAGUUUGCGAAUUUUAAAAGCUAAUGAAACACAUAAAUACUAGAGAUAGCAGUAUGUCCAACAUACUAAUGAGGUUUCAAAGACAUUGUAUAGUUUUUUCCAGUUCUAUUAUUAAUAAACGAGUAUGAAAUAAUUUAGUUGUAUUUAUUAUAAUUUAAAUUGUGUAAAAUAUUCAAUUAAACGUCAAUUAAGAAUGUAUUAAAGUAAAGAAUUAUGGAAUUGUUAACUAAAAAUACUCAAAUAGUUAGAAUAUUAUCAAUUUUAGUUAUAAUAUCUAUUGUUUCAUAAUUUAGUUAGUCUGUAGAACUCAAAAGAAAGACUUCCUAUUUAUUCUUAAUGAUUUAUUUCUAAUGAAGGCUGCUUGAACACAAUAAUAUUCUUAUACGGUGCCUUCUUUUUAUUUAUUGUUAUUAUUAGCCUAAUA